ACUCAGUCAUAAGGACGGUUUUGAUUUGAUUUAAAAUAGACAACAGACUGAUGUAAGUAAGUCUCUCGCUCUCUUACAUGCUGAUAUUCAUAGAUGGGUUUCCGCCGGUUGGUUGGUUCGUUUGUCUGUGGAAUUUACGGGAUAAAUUUGAUCUGUUUCGCUUGGAGUGAAUUGGCUUCUAAGAACUGUCAAUCGUCUUAUAAGUAUUCGUACAUCUUUCAGUAUGACAGUUAUGCAGCCUGCCCUUACAAUGAGCAAGUCUGCAAUGGGUGGUUCUUGGGGAGAAGAUGCACCACCUAUACAAAAUAUUAUCGGUGUGUCAAGAAAAUGUCGCGGGUGGAUUUCGCUUACCAAUAUUUUGAUGUCUGUUGCCCUGGUUACAUAGAACUGAACAACGGAACUUGCCUAAGAGGCUGCGCGGAGGGUAAAUACGGGACUGAGUGUGAAAGAGAUUGUAAUUGUCAAGGCCACGCCUACCCUGGGUGUGACAUAGACACCGGAAACUGCACGUGUUUUCCAGGCUGGACAGGAAGUGAUUGUAAUAAAGUCUGUCCCAAGGGAUGGUUUGGUUCAAACUGCAGCAGCGAAUGCCUGUGUAAAAAUAACGCCACCUGCAGCCCGAUAGGUGGCGCAUGUAACUGUACUACCCCAGGGUGGACUGGCCAGUUCUGUCAGGAAGAAUGCAACUCAACACGUUUUGGUAGAAACUGCCAAGAAAAUUGCACGUGUGGUGUCAAUGAAACGUGUAGUCGGUUUGAUGGUCUCUGCGCGUGCAUUGCGGGCAAAACAGGAGUGAACUGCUCUGAGGAUUGUCCUGCAUACAGAUUUGGACCAAACUGCACCAAUUCCUGUUCAUGUGCACAUUCAACUGGAUGUGACGCAGUAACGGGAAAGUGUAUCUGUGAUGUUGGAUACACAGGAGAGCAAUGCAAUGAAGUCUGUAGUUCUGGUACAUACGGCGCGAGAUGUAACCAGACCUGUAACUGUACGGGGGCCGAGGUCUGCGAACCCGACACGGGCGAGUGCAUCUCACGUUGUGUGUGCCAUGAAGAGGGUACAGCUAACUGCAACUCCCUGUAUGAUUCCUGCAGAUGUUUGCCUUAUCACAACCACACUUGUCAUGAUGAAAAUGUAUUUCUUAAAGAAAGAUGCAGAGAUGUAUGUGAAUGUUCUUCCCCAACUGAUACUUGUUGUGUUUCGAACUCGUCCAUGUGCCAAUGUAAGGAUGGCUGGACCGGCCGGAAGUGCUCCACAGCAUGUCCACAAGGAACUUUUGGGAGAAAAUGUUAUGGCAUCUGCAAUUGUUCAGCAGACGAACUGUGUCACCACGUGAGCGGAAAUUGUAUUUCUCUUGAUACGGCAGAAGCUCAGAUAUCAGCCUACCCGAGGAAAGGAUACAUUUUCUGGAUUUUUUGCGGGAUUAUUUUUGUUCUACUCGUUGCCUUGACAACAGGACUUGCCAUUUAUUUGAGGAGACUCCGCCCCAUCCCGAAAGUCACCAGAAACCACUCGCCUUGUAAAGACAUGUCAUGCUGUGAGUGUUUCAAACCUCAUAACAAGAGAGCAUCAAUUACUAGAAGAUACACAGAGCUACAAGAGGAUUUGAGCUGGGUAACCUCUGACAGCGACUACGACCACUUGUCCAGACCAGGUCAGGCCAAAUCCGAGCUCCAGAUAGACUUUGACCCGACCUACAACAGAACAAGUGAGACUGGGGAUGAAUACGGUACCACAGCUCUCCCGCGUGGUUCCAGUAUAGUUACAUCGGAAGAUGAGUACAGUCAUAUCAAAGGAAAUGAACAAGCAACAAACAGUAUUUAUGAUACUUUACAAAGAACUAAGGUGCAAGUGGACGAGAAUGUGUACAGCGGUGACAAUAGUUCUGUGAUUUUCUAAUGCAGUUUGUUACUAUAUCUCUGUGAUCUUACGCCUGUGUGAUAAAUUCUUAAUAUACACAAACUUGAUCAUUUCGUAUGCAAUAUUUCUAAAUGAACACAUACGGAUUAAUGCAACAAAUGCAAAUGCAAAGUCAUGAUGAAUGUGUACUAGAUGUGGUAUUAAAUCUAUGUCAUUAUUAUGGAAUUCUGAUCGUGGCACCAAAUAUUUGACAUCAUAAUUGUGUUUUAAUCUUGACACCAUAGCUAUGUCAUUAUGUCUGUAUCCUGGUCAUGGCACCAGAAACUAUGUCAUGACUAUGUACGAACAAGGUACUAUAUAUAUUUUUUGUUUCUAAUGCAUCCUGGUCAUGGCACCAAAUAAAUUAUGAAUGUGUUUUGGC